UGCACAAUUAUAAGUACUUUCAGUGUUAGUGAUGGUUUUUUAUGUCAAUUAAAUGAUGGGAAUUACUGUUAAAAUAUCAAACUGUUCUCAAAUAAUGCUUCAGCUUUGUGUUCGUAUUCUCGUGUGCAAAGUGUCAAACUAGACGAGCUUUACAGAGCUUGAAAGUCUGAAAGUCUUCAAGGGGAAUACAUUUUAUUAACCCUCACGUACAGGUGAAGAAGCUCUCUUGAUGUCAAUGUCGCUGUGAAAAGUCGCGAGCCCAGUUGGAAAAUGUUGACAUCCAGGAUGUGGUGGCUACUGCUCGGGGCGUUGUGCCUGGCGAAGGGCGCGAGAACGGGCGCGUGGAGCGAGCCGAGCGUCGAGACUUCCCCCGGUCUCCAGGCCGUGCUCCCGGACGACGUGCAUCCGGGCUACGUGGUGAAACGCUUCGCGGGCAGUCACAAGCUGCAGCUGCUCGAGACGGGCUUCGGUCGCUUCUUCACGCUGCUGGAAAACGGUCUGCUCAUGACCACCGCCGAUCUGAGCGCUCUGGUCGGUCAGCCGGUGCGUCUGCUGCUGCUCGACAACGAGUUCAACGGUAAUCGCACGGAGACGCACGAGCUGGAGGUGCACGUGCUCGAGCGCAGCAGUCUGUUGCGAUUGCAGCCCGAGUCGUUGGGAGAGACCGAGAUCGAGGAGAACGCCGCCGCGGGUACUCCGUUGGAAGGCUUACCGAAGCUGCGAGCGCAAGGACGUUUUCCCGUGCGGAUCGAAGUACUGCCGGAUAAAAAUGGCACCAGAAAUUUCAUGCUGCAAGCCGCCGCCGGAGAAACCGGCUUCAACGUGACCCUCCUCAGACCGGACGAAACGGUGAGCCUGGUGACUGCGCGGCCUCUCGAUCGCGAAACGGACGGCUCCGAGUCCCAAGUGCUCCUGCGCGCCCAGGACGUGGACGGUUUGAGCUACGCCAGCGCCAAAGGACUAGUUCGCAUUAUCGAUCAGAACGACAAUCGGCCGGUGUUCGAGAGCACCGACUACAAAUUCGAGCUCUGGCCGGAAAAUCUGGCGGCUCUGCUGGCCGGUCGAGAGCGCGAGGCGCGCUGGCGGUGUUUCGCUCGCUUCGGCCGCGUCAAGGCCACCGACGCGGACGGCGACUCGCUGGCCUACAGGCUCGUCUCGCCGAGCAACUACUUCGUGAUCGAGCCGCAGACGGGCGAGCUGCUGCUGGCCAACGAGCCGCAGCUGCCGAUCGAUCGCGACCACGAGAUCGAGCUGUUCGUGCAGGUGCGCGAUCUCCGCGAAUCGAGCCUGAGCGCCCUGGUGCCGGCUCGCGUCCUCGUUCGACUGCUCACCUCCAAGUCGGCCACCUCCAAGUACGAUCCCAGCUUGAACGACGUCGACGCCAAGAUCUGCGACGAGGCCGAGGACAACGUCAUGCUGCACGAGGUUCACCAGAUUCGCAAGCGCAGGGUCACGCGCGCCGUCAGGCCGACCAAGAAGAUCGAGUUCACCGAGGCGGACGGCGACAGCGAGGGCAAAGUCGUUUUCCAUCUGGAGAAGGAGAACGAGCGCGAGACGUACAAAAUUCGCGACGACAACAAGUGGGUUACGGUCGGUCUCAACGGCACCGUACGAGUCAAACAGAAGUGGGAUUACGAAGAGCUUGGGCCCGAAAAAACCAUCGACUUUUGGGUCACGAUAACUAAUACAGGUUAUCAAUAUACGGACAACCAACGAGUGAUUAUUAACAUUAAAGACGUAAACGACGAGCCUCCAUACUUUGUAAAUAGGCCAUUACCUAUGCAAGCGGUGGUACAACUCAAUGCUCCACCAAAUACACACGUUUUUACACUUCAAGCCCGAGAUCCUGAUACAGACAGCAAUAUUCAUUAUUUCAUCGUUCGUGAUCGAACUGGUGGACGGUUUGAAGUCGACGAACGUUCAGGAGUGGUUCGUACUCGAGGGUCAGAUCCAUUUCAACUUGACAUGGAAUACGUCUUGUAUGUCAAAGCUGAAGAUCAAAAUGGUCGCAUUGAUGAAAGACGAUAUCAAUCCACUCCUGAGGAAAGGUUAUCAAUUGUAGGAGGAAAACGAGCUCCACAAUUCUACCUUACUGCCUAUGAAGCAGAAAUACCGGAAAAUAGGAAGAAAGAUUCUGAUAUCAUAUCUGUGAAAGCUAAAUCAUUUGCCGAUCGAGAAAUACGUUACACUUUGAAAGCUCAAGGUCAAGGCGCAGCGGGAACAUUCAAUAUUGGUCCAAAUUCCGGUAUUGUGAAACUUGCCAAAGAAUUGGAUUUCGAAGAUGUUCGACAACCCCACAUUUACCAAUUACUAGUUACUGCUACCGAAGAUUCGGGAGGCUUUUCAACUUCCGUCGAGUUAACGAUACGCGUCUCUGAUGUAAACGACAACGCACCCAAAUUCGAGUUACCAGAUUAUCAGGCACAUAACGUCGACGAAGACAUACCACUGGGAACGAGUAUUCUCAAAGUCAAAGCUACGGAUGCCGAUUCGGGUGCCAAUGCGGAAAUAGAAUAUCUCGUAUCGGACGAUCACUUCAGCGUCGACUCCAACGGCAUCAUAGUCAACAAUAAACAGCUGGAUGCGGAUAAUAAUAAUGCGUACUACGAGUUUAUUGUAACAGCGAAAGAUAAGGGAGAGCCUUCUAAGAGCGGCACAGCGACGGUUCGCAUUUACACGAAGAAUAAAAACGACGAGGAGCCCAAAUUUUCGCAACAAGUCUACACUCCAAACGUGGAUGAAAAUGCCGGGCCGAACACCCUGGUAACGACCGUGGUCGCGUCCGACAAGGACGGCGACAACGUGCGCUUCGGUUUCGUCGGCGGGGGCGUCUCCUCGGGCCAGUUCGUCAUCGAGGACAUAACCGGCGUGAUUCGGCUGCACAACAAGGAGAUAUCCCUCGAGCGGGACAAGUACGAGCUCAACGUCACCGCCAUGGACGACGGGGCCUGCUGCCCGAACGGCGAAAAGAACAUACACACGAGCACGGCCGUGGUGGUCGUGUUCAUCACCGACGUCAACGACAACAAGCCCGUGUUCAAGGACUGCAGCACGUAUUAUCCGAAGGUCGAGGAAGGUGCCACCAAUGGCAGCCCAGUCAUCAAGGUUCAAGCUACCGACGAGGACAAGGGCGUCAAUGGCCAAGUUAAAUACUCCAUCGUGCAACAGCCUAAUCAAAAAGGCACCAAGUUUACAGUUGAUGAAGAGACGGGUCAAGUUGUAACGAACAAGGUUUUUGACCGUGAAGGUGACGAUGGCAAAUUUGUUUCGGUUACGGUAAAAGCUACAGAUCAAGGUGAACCUUCGUUGGAAGGAGUUUGUUCUUUUACUGUUGAAAUCACCGAUGUCAACGACAAUCCACCAUUAUUCGAUCGACAAAAAUACGUCGAAAAUGUAAAACAAGAUGCAAGUAUUGGCACUAACAUUUUAAGGGUAUCAGCAUCUGAUGAAGAUGCUGAUAAUAAUGGUGCCAUUAUUUAUUCAUUGAGUGCCCCGAACGAUGAAAAAGGGCUGGAAUACUUUGAAAUUCAACCAGAAUCUGGUUGGAUUGUAUUGAAAAAACCAUUGGACCGCGAGACAUACAAGCUGGAGGCGAUGGCCCAAGACAAGGGCUUUCCACCUUUGUCGAGAACGGUGGAGGUACAAAUUGAUGUAGUGGACCGUGCGAAUAAUCCGCCCGUUUGGGACCAAACUGUGUACGGCCCAAUCUUCAUAAAAGAAAACAUGGCUAUCGGGGCUAAAGUAGUGUCUAUUAAAGCCAGCUCUGGCAUCGAAAAUAAUCCAGUGGUAUUUUAUCAUUUGAUGCCCGGUUCAACUGCUCAAACCAACAAAUUCCAUACAUUUUAUUUGCAACAGCGACCUGAUAAAUCAGUUACUUGGGCUGAUAUUAAGGUCAACCAUCCAUUGGACUUUGAAAGCAUUAAAGAGUAUAAUCUUACUGUGCGUGUAGAAAAUAAUGGUGCUCAACAACUUGCAUCCGAAACAACAGUUUAUAUCAUGUUAGAAGAUGUUAAUGACGAAAUACCACUUUUUACUGAGCGUGAACAAGAGACCGUUCUGGAAGGCGAGCCAGUAGGUAGCAAAGUAACGCAAGUGAAUGCAAUCGAUAAAGAUGGUACUUUUCCUAACAAUCAAGUUACUUACUAUGUCGUGGAUAGCGAUCGAAAUGAAGGAAAGGAUUAUUUCGAAAUCAAUAAAGAGACUGGCGAGAUAUUCACAAAAGUUGUAUUUGAUCGUGAAAAACAAGGAGCCUAUGCGUUAGAAGUUGAAGCGAGAGACGGAGCGCCAUCCGCACGUCCAAACAGUAAUGGACAUCCUAAUUCCGUCACUAAAUUCAUACGUAUUGGCAUUGCCGAUAAAAACGAUAACCCACCUUAUUUCGAUAAGGUUCUUUAUGAAGCCGAAGUUGACGAAAAUGAAGAUAUACAACACACUGUUCUUACAGUGACAGCAAAGGAUCACGAUGAAUCUUCGCGUAUCAGAUAUGAAAUUACGAGCGGUAAUAUAGGUGGAGCAUUUGCUGUGAAAAAUAUGACCGGUGCUAUCUAUGUAGCUGGUCCCUUGGAUUACGAAACAAGGAAAAGAUACGAAUUACGAUUGACAGCAUCGGAUAACUUGAAGGAAAACUACACAACAGUUGUGAUACACGUAAAAGACGUCAAUGAUAACCCACCUGUAUUUGAGCGACCAACAUAUCGAACGCAGAUUACAGAGGAAGAUGACCGCAAUUUACCGAAACGAGUCUUACAAGUAACUGCAACCGAUGGUGAUAAAGACCGACCCCAGAGCAUCGUAUAUUUCUUAACUGGACAGGGAAUCGAUCCUGAUAAUCCAGCUAACAGUAAAUUCGAUAUCAAUCGAACUUCUGGAGAAAUCUAUGUGCUUAAGCCACUCGAUAGAGAUCAACCAACGGGUAGACCCCAGUGGCGUUUUACAGUAUUUGCCCAAGAUGAACGCGGAGAAGGACUUGUCGGUUAUGCAGAUGUUCAAGUAAAUCUCAAGGAUAUCAAUGACAAUCCUCCUUCAUUCCCACAAGGAGUUUACUUUGGCAAUGUCACUGAAAACGGCACCGCAGGUAUGGUUGUAAUGACUAUGACAGCUGUAGACUACGAUGAUCCUCACGAAGGGACGAAUGCAAAAUUAUUGUAUUCAAUUGAAAAGAAUGUCAUCGAGGAAGAAACUGGGUCGCCAAUCUUUGAAAUAGAACCCGACACAGGUGUCAUCAAAACAGCCGUAUGUUGUCUCGAUCGGGAACGAACACCUGAUUAUUCGAUACAAGUCGUUGCGAUGGAUGGAGGGGGGUUAAAAGGGACGGGGACGGCAUCGAUACGGGUCAAAGAUAUAAACGAUAUGCCUCCCCAGUUUACCAAAGACGAAUGGUUCACGGAAGUCGAUGAGACUGAUGGACCUGAUUUACCGGACAUGCCAAUCCUGACUGUCACUGUUCACGAUGAAGACGAAACUAACAAAUUCCAAUACAAGGUCAUCGAAAAUAGUGGAUAUGGUGCAGAUAAAUUUACAAUGGUACGAAAUAAUGAUGGUACAGGCUCACUCAAAAUUGUUCAGCAGCUUGAUUAUGAAGAUCAAAUGCAAACAAGUGGUUUCAGAUUUAGAAUUCAAGUGAAUGACAAAGGCGAAGAUAAUGACAACGAUAAAUAUCACGUCGCUUAUUCUUGGGUAGUAGUCAAGUUGCGAGACAUAAAUGACAAUAAGCCUCAGUUCGAUAAAGCCAAUAUCGAAGCGACUGUUCCUGAAAAUGCCCCCGUGGGUAAAAUGCUCGAAACGUUCAAUGCUUCCGAUCCCGACCAAGGUGGCAAGAGCAAAGUAUCUUACUCGAUCGACCGCAGUUCCGAUCGAAAGCGACAAUUUUUCAUCUUCGAAAAUGGAACGGUGUCGAUUCAAAGGAGCCUCGAUCGAGAAGAGACACCGAGACAUCAGGUCAAAAUCCUUGCGAUCGACGACGGAAUUCCCCCGAAAACUGCGACAGCCACUUUAACCGUGAUCGUCCAAGACAUCAACGAUAAUGCGCCUACUUUCUUGAAGGACUACAGACCGGUAUUACCGGAAUUCGCGACUGCGAGAAAAGUCGUUGAGAUCUUGGCGACCGAUGACGACGAUCGGUCGAAAAGUAACGGACCUCCUUUCACAUUCAGGAUGGAUCCAAACGCCGAUGAUGUCAUUAAAGCGAGUUUCAAAGUGGAAAGUGAUAACAAGGGAGCUAACGGAGAUGGAAUGGCAAUUGUUUCGUCUAUACGGUCAUUUGAUAGAGAACAGCAAAAAGAAUAUUUAAUUCCUAUCGUUAUCAGAGAUGCUGGGGAACCUUUGAUGUCUGGUACGAGUACUUUGACUGUUGUCAUAGGAGACACGAAUGACAAUAAAAUGCAACCUGGUUCGAAAGAUAUAUUCGUUUACAACUAUGCGGGACAAUCUCCUGAGACUGAAAUUGGUAGAGUUUACGUUUACGAUUUGGACGAUUGGGAUUUACCCGAUAAGAAGUUCUAUUGGGACGGACCGGAACACGAACACUUCAAGCUGAACGAAGACACGGGCAUGAUCUCGAUGAGACCCGGAACUCAGGAUGGAAAGUUCCAACUGCGUUUCAAAGUUUACGAUCGAACUCACACUCAGACCGAUGUACCGGCCAACGUCACUGUCACUAUUAAAAGCAUUCCUUACGAAGCUGUUGUCAAUUCAGGAUCGGUACGAAUUUCCGGCGUGAGCGACGAAGAUUUUAUACGCGUGUGGCAUUACAAAACUCAAACUACAACGCGUAGCAAAGCUGACUUGUUUAGGGAAAAGUUAGCUGUACUACUCAACAUUGAAAGAGACAAUGUCGAUGUGUUUAGCGUUCAGUUGAAAAGAAAAAAUCCUCCACUAACAGAUAUAAGAUUCGCCGCUCAUGGCUCACCUUAUUAUAAACCCGUUAAGCUUAAUGGUAUUGUACUCAUGCACAGAGAAGAGAUUGAGCGAGAUGUUGGGAUAAAUAUUACCAUGGUUGGAAUUGAUGAAUGUUUCUAUGAAAAUGAAAUGUGUGAGGGAAGCUGUACAAAUACUAUGGAAAUUAGUAACUUACCGUACAUGGUCAAUGCGAAUAAAACCGCUUUGGUAGGAAUUAGAGUCGACAUGAUUGCCGAAUGUACUUGUGGUGCUCGAAACUUUAGCAAAGGCGAAUCUUGCAAGAACAAUCCUUGUUACAAUGGAGGACGUUGCAUCGAAGGGGCGUACGGUUUGACAUGUCAAUGUCCAGCUGGUUACAAUGGACCUCGUUGUCAACAAACGGCAAGAAGUUUCCGCGGGAAUGGUUGGGCUUGGUAUCCAGCCCUCGAAAUGUGCGACGAUAGCCACUUGAGUUUCGAAUUUAUAACCAGAAAAUCCGACGGAUUACUGCUGUAUAAUGGGCCUAUUGUACCUCCGGAGUCUGACGAAAUCAUGGUAUCAGAUUUUAUAUCCGUGGAACUUGAACGAGGCAUUCCAAGACUAUUGAUAGAUUUCGGAUCAGGCACGUUAGAAUUAAAAGUAAAAACGAAGCGAACUCUUGACGAUGGCGAAUGGCACAGGCUAGAUAUAUUUUGGAAUACCGAGACUGUCAAACUCAUCGUUGAUUUUUGCAAAUCCGCCGAAAUAACCGAACAAGACGAUGGCUCCAUGCCCGAAUUCAACGAUCUCACUUGCCAGGCUCAAGGCAAAGUGCCACCCUUCAACGAAUACCUGAACGUAAAUGCUCCGCUGCAAAUCGGUGGUCUGUACGUCGAGCAAUUCGAGCCGGACCAAUACAAGUGGAAGUACAUGCCGGUCGGAAAGGGCUUCGACGGUUGCAUCAGGAAUCUGUUCCACAACAGCAAGCUCUACGACUUGGCUCAUCCGGGCUUGUCGAGAAACAGCGUGGCCGGCUGCCCGCAAACGGACGAGAUCUGCAACAAUCAGGAGUCGACGUUCAGAUGCUGGGAGCACGGCACCUGCGUCGGCAGCUUCGUCGAGGCCAGAUGCCAGUGCAAUCCCGGCUGGACGGGACCGGGAUGCAUGACGGCCACCAUCCCGACCAUGUUCAAGCAGCAGAGCUACGUCAAGUACGCCCUGUCCUUCGAGCCCGACAAGUACUCCACGCAGAUACAAUUGCGCUUCCGCACCCGAGAGCCGACCGGCGAGCUGUUCCGAGUCAGCGAUCAGCACAACCGCGAGUACGCCAUUCUCGAGGUCAAAGAGAGCCGACUCAGGUUCAGAUACAAUCUCAACAGUUUGAGAACGGAGGAGAAGGACAUAUGGCUGGCAGCCGUGUCGGUCGACGACGGACAGUGGCACACGGUCAGAGUGUCCAGAUUCGGAUCCGCUGCGACUCUGGAACUCGACGGUGGCGAGGGACGCAGAUUCAACGAAACUUUCUCGUUCGAGGGUCACCAGUGGUUGUUGGUCGAUAAGCAGGAAGGAGUUUAUGCCGGUGGGAAGGCCGAGUACACGGGCGUCCGAACUUUCGAAGUUUACUCCGACUAUCAAAAAGGUUGCUUGGAUGAUAUUCGACUCGAAGGCAAACAUUUACCUCUUCCACCUGCAAUGAACGGAACGCAAUGGGGUCAAGCUACGAUGGCGCGAAAUUUGGAGAAAAAUUGCGCGUCGAACAAGCCAUGCGCGAAUGUGAUUUGUCAAGAUCCUUUCGAAUGCGUGGAUCUGUGGAACGUAUACGAGUGCACAUGCGGGGAAGGCAGGAUAAAGUCCCCCGAUAACAAAGGAUGCAUGGAUAAAAAUGAGUGCAUAGAUUAUCCUUGUUUGAACGGUGGCCGAUGCAUCAAUCAAGAUCCUCGAUUGCGCUACAGGUGUAUUUGCCCCGACGGUUUUUGGGGAGAAAAUUGUGAGCUUGUUCAAGAGGGACAAACACUAAAACUAAGUAUGGGAGCUCUGGCUGCUAUUUUAGUUUGUCUACUUGUGAUUCUUGUUUUAGUAUUAGUAUUUGUAGUGUAUAAUAGAAGAAGAGAAGCACUAAUUAAGUAUCCAGGACCAGACGACGAUGUAAGAGAAAACAUUAUUAAUUACGACGACGAAGGUGGCGGCGAAGAUGACAUGACUGCUUUCGAUAUAACACCUUUACAAAUUCCUAUUGGAGGACCCAUUCCAGAAGUAGGAGGAAAAUUACCUCCUUGUAAAAUAGUCUAUCCGACCGGACAAGAACCUAACGUUGGUAUAUUUAUUGAGGAUCAUAAAAAGAGAGCAGACAGUGACCCUAACGCACCUCCAUUCGAUGAUUUGAGGAAUUAUGCUUACGAAGGAGGUGGAAGUACAGCUGGCUCGUUAUCUUCACUGGCUUCUGGUACAGAUGACGAACAGCAUGAAUAUGAGUAUUUAGGCAACUGGGGACCGAGAUUCGAUAAAUUAGCUGACAUGUACACUCCGACAUCGCAAUUACAUCGUGAAAGUGACGAAGAAUGCUAAUUUCGUAAGAGUAACGAAUCUGUUCCACUUUGAAACCAUGAGAAUACAUGCAGCGAAUGACUCAAUGUAUUUAAAUAUCAAUAUUAAAAUAGCGAUAUGGGCUCAAACAAGCCGAAAAAGUACGAUUCCAGAAAGUAAUGUGAUCUUGAUGGCCAUUAAUAAUCUUUGUGACUGUUUAGAGAUUUAAAAGAGUGACUUACGUGUGUGCGCUCGUCUGUACAUGCAAACCACACUCAGAAUUUAAAAUGUAGUAUUAAGUGUAUGCUCAUCUCAUUGGCAAUAAUGUAUAUGUGAAAUGUUUAGAAAAAAAACAUUAUUUUUGUUCAGAUCACUGCCAUUGAUGCAUUACAAGUGGCGUAAAAAAACUAGUCACGUUUUUACAGUAUUUAUUGUAUGAUAUUAUUUUUGAAUUAUAUUAACUUCUUUUGAAUUUUUAAUUAGCGCUUGUUAGAUAUUUGCAAGCUGACAAAUCACCAUCAAGAUGUAUUAUUAUUCAAACUAACCAAGGAAAAAAUCGAUUACUCUUUUGAGUUUGAGUUGACUGUGAAUAUUAUCAACAUCAACGCUACACGAGCUUUGAAAACUCUGCUUUGUCGUAAAAACGACGAACGAAAAGCAUAUGAAAGGCUAUCUCGGCCAUUUGGUUCGCUAUACUUGCCAAAGAAGGCGCUACCGCGUCUCUCGACUGUUUUGUUCAUUUUAAAAUAUUUAUUUUAAAAUAUAAUUAUUUUGUUGUUUAGCACCUGUAAAAAUAUUUUCUUAUCGUAUUCUAAAUGAUACUGAUAUAUAUUUUUUAUUCUUUAAACGAGUUGCUUUUUAUGAUUUUGGGUUAGAUUUUUCCAUAUUGUGUACAUAAAAAAGAAAAAUUCGGUUAGAAAGUAAGAGAACAUUUAGGAAUUGGGCGAUGAGAAAAUAUUUUUGUAAGUGCACAACAAACAUUUCCAUGUUUGUAUUUAUACAUUUACUCUCGCAAAUUGGAAAAAUUUAUCGAUACGUACAUUUUGAAAGUAUGUUGAGUAAUGCAUGAAAAGUUUUUCAGUACGGAUAAAAAAUGAUUGACAAGAACUUCCUAAAAGCUACCACUGCUGACUGUAUGAUCCGUCUAUUUUUAACUGAGUGAAUACAAAUAUGUAUCCAAAGAA